AUGCGCCGAUCACGACACACGUUUGUCGCCCGAGGGAAAGGGGUUUUCCGGUGGAUUGUGGCGGGAAUCCGGGCGGCGUGGGAGGAUCGGGAUCCGGUUGGGGUCGGGCCGGAUAUAAAUGCACUGCCUCGGCAUGAUAUACGUCAACGAAAAGAAAUAUGCCUGCGAGACGUGUAUCAAAGGACACCGGUCGUCGUCGUGUCAGCAUACGGACCGGGCACUGUUCGAAAUCAAGAAAAAAGGACGACCGGUGCACGUGCGGUGUUCGUGCGACUCGAAGCCGGAUGGAGUACCGAUGCCCAAAGUGCCCGGCAAAAAAGGCAGCCGACUCCCCGCAGAGCCCGCAUACCCCCAUGGGCUCAGUCCAUCGCUCUCGGGGGUGGCAACGUCGCCAGCACCAAGCAAGAGCAGCCAGACGCUCAACCAGACAGGUUCGCGCCCCGUCCUGUCACGGGCCCUUUGUUUCCCACUAAAUACAUAUUUUUUCGAAUUAUCGUAGCGAUGACCGAAGUCAAAUACCAAGUCGCACGCACACUCGCACUCUCACUCGUCUUCGGGACACACCCCUCCCCCGGCCACGAUCCCAGCAACCCCCACCCCCACCAUGCCCAGCACGCACACGCAUAUGCCCCGUAUACCCGCCCUGUCCGUCUCUCGACCGAUCAAUUGCCCCAAAGCCAUGCCCAAGUUCAAACCAUGUAUCGUCUCGGCGCCUGUGCAUGUGGCACUGCUUGCCAAUGCCCCGAAUGCGCUCAGCACAGAAGACUGCCACAUACCCACAGUUCCAAUCCGGCCCACACCUCCCCUAAUCAACCCUUCCAGGGCCACGGGGGCGACCCAUGUCCCAUUCGCUGCGGCAACUGCUUCGACUGCGCCGGCGGUCUUACUCUAUUGCUUGACCCAGCCCAAGCCAGCGCACACCCCCUCGAAUCCGAAUCCACCCAGUUCUCGUCCUCCAACAACGGGUCCUAUACAUACUCGAACCAGGCACUCACCGCCACCAACCCCAGGCUUCAUCAGAACGGAAACGGAUACAACCACAGUCCGAACUCAACCCCGAAUGGAUCGGGCUACUUUACCCAGGGUACAACCGCAGCCGAUGUCGAGAUGGACGAAUUCAAUGCUGCCAUGGCCGGAUUGGAUGCCGGGAUUGCUGCCGAAGCAAACGGGAGUCCUGGCCCGGCAUGCUCGUGCCCAGCUGGGCAGUGCACUUGUCCUGGCCAUCAGCAUGGGGAUGGAAACAGAUACUGGGAUCGCCCUCGCUGUGGAUUCGCUGUCUCGACCGAGCGUGGUGGGUGCUGCCCCAGUCCAGGCAUGCACGACAUGGUCAGCGAAGUGGGCAGCGAUAUCGGUAUCGGUGUCGGCAGUGACGGCGGGUUUGGCGUAGGUAGCGACGGAGGGAUCGGUUCAGAUGCCGGUUCGGUCGCCGGGGUGGGCUCCACAAACUUGAGUAUGGACUUUGCAGAUCUCGAUUUCGGUACCUUGGGUAUCCCGCCAAUGGCAUAUGACCAACGACUCUCGGGGGAAUAUGUGUACGCCGAGGGCGUAUACCGGGAUUCAGGUCACUUUUCGCACCCUCGCGAUUCGGGCCAAUUUUCCCAUCACAGAGACUCGUCCCAAUUUUCGAAUCACUCGAAUUUGUCGUUGCCUUCAUCGAUCGACUCGGCCUCCAUAUCGCUCGCUUCCUUGGCCUCGUCGCACGGCAUAUCCAGUUUGGCUUCGUCCCAUGGAAUACCAUCUUUGGCCUCUUCCCAUGGAGUCAUCACGCCACACAGUUCACCCCUUUCUGGACGUGUCACCCCCAAUCGAGGUCUAUCCGGGCGCAUCACGCCCGUACGCGGAAUGGGUCCCAACGGUCUCGGACAAAUGCAAAACGGCAAGCCUGUCCGGGCGUACAGACGCAUUUUGCCCAAAGUCGCAGCUACGGUCUCGAACCAUCGUCCGUUCAGGCGUCAUCACACGCAGCAACAGCCUUCGCUGCACGCUGUUAUGGAAGGCGAUGUCAACCAAGCGAUCGGGACCACUCCUCCGCCCUCGCAGGUCUUGUUGCAGCCCGGCCAACAGAGGAUUCGUCCAUCUGUGCGCAGUCAUUUGCCGAUUGUCGGAAAGUACUUUGCUCCUGGUGCGAGGUUCGAGCCGAGUCGAUUCAGGAAUGCCGCCGCCGCUGCUGCGGCCGCACAAGCUCAAUUACAGGCUCAGCAGGCUGCUCAGGCGCGGGCCCGUCAGCAACAGCUGCACCUCCAGGCUGGAAUGACCCCACAAGAAGCUGCUGCGUAUGAAGAAGCGUCUUAUGCAGCCUCGCUUGAUGGCUCAUACGACGGGUCCCAAGGUUUCUCGCCCCAAGAACAACCACUCGGGUCAUUUGCAGAGGAAGAAGAGGAUUUGAUGUAUCAAGAGGAAGAACAAGCGCGGUUGGAGGCCCAAAACGGGUACGGGUUCCAAGAAGCGGUGGGCCAGUUUGGGGGUGCAGAGCCUGGCGUGGGCGCAGUGCUCAAGUCCAGGCUCAGGAUGCGCGGCUACAAGCUCAGGCUCAGGCUCAGCCAGGCCCAGGCCCAGGACAUACGGUUGCAGGCUCAAGUUCAGGAUGUACGGUUACAAGCCCAGGUUCAGAUGCAACAGCAAACCCAAUCUCAGCACUCGUCCCCCACUCAUACUGUUCACCCGUCACCUGUCUCUGCUACGCUCCCCGUCCACGCUCAGAUGGUCUCUGGAUUCGCGCACGCACCUGCUCCGUACAUCCCUGCCGCCACGUCUUACGGCCAACUUCCGACUGAUCAACGGCCUCAAUUGCCGCUACAGCACUCGUCAUCCACCGCUACAGGAAUCAUUGUCGAUGCCUCUAUGCAUAGUCCGGAUCCCACACCUGCUCCACCGUCGCCCAAGAAAGUCAGCUCGGGCAUCCCAAUGCAGCAUACAAUGUCCCUCCCCUUGUCCCGGACGACGUUCAACGAGCAGGUGUCGCCCAUGCACGCUUACGACGACGCGGACGUCAAACCCGAAGGCGGAAUCAAGGAACUUCCCAUGCAAGGAGGCGGACAAGGCGGAGGACAAGGCGGGCCAGGCAAGAAGAGUCGGUGGCCGAGUUUCAGUGUACACGGUCAUCGCGUCAUGGUCGGUGCCAAGGUGAUGGGCGCUGCGUACGCUCAGCGCGGGUGA